AUGGAAUUGAAGCUAAUGCGGGGACUGGCCCCUCUCCCUGAUGGUGGGUACAUCAGGGGUCCCGCCAGUCCUGAUGAAACCCUCCUGCGAGAGCGCUGUGAGAAUGGGCUAUGCCCUGAGCCUCAAUACAUUUCACCAUGCACCUGCUCUGAUUUCGAGGAGUCGGAAAAUGGCACUGUGGAUUGCUCGGACGCAGAAACGACUGCAAGUAUCUUCGACACCUUCAAUAAUGCUUCGUGGUCUUCGACUGAACUCAUGAAGUUCAGGCUCAGCGAAAGCAAGGCAGUGCUUGACCUUUCACAUGGCAUAUUUGGCAAUAUCACCUUCCAGAGGAUAUAUACAUACAAGACAACGAUCAGAACCAUCCAUCCCUCGACCUUGAACUCAUCUAGAGAGAGGCUUCAAUCCUUGAACAUAUGGAACAGUCGCCUGGAGGACUUCCCAUUCACCGUCCUCCCUGAAUUAACCAACCUGAAGAUCCUGGAUCUCCAUGGGAAUGCCUUGAAGACGGUGCCACCCCUUGAAAGCGAGAGUCUAAAGGAGCUCUACCUGUAUGACAACCAAAUAGCCACAUUUCAGGGAAACUUGAAUAUGCCCAACUUGAAGAGCCUAAACAUCGCUGGUCACGCUGACCUUUCGUACAACUACGACACGACCCUUGUCGUCCGACGAGGUGGAGGAGGUUUGGACUGGGGCAUGGGGCUCGAAGGCUGGUAUACUGUAGUUGGUAGUCGAGCUGGUGGUACUGGAUCGGCGGUGGCCGUGGUAGAUAUCCUCACCGUCUCCACACGAACUGCGCUGGUGGAAGUGGCUUCUGAGGACGAGCCCGACUACAGAGAAAUAUAUUCUGACCGGACUUUCAGGGCUUAUGGUCGAACCUGUUUCCGGGCCAGCUGUCACGACCGUAUCCAGGACAUUAGACUGCUUGAAUAUCAAGGAGAUUGUCCCAAUCGUAUUUCUGGACUGAGGUCAAGCCUCUGUGACACUUGA